ACACACACACACACACACACGUAUAGCAUGACUCUUGAGGUCAUUGGGACGCCCUCUGAAGCCCGGAGGGGGCGACGUGACGUUGAGACCUUCGCGGUGCGGCGGCUGCCUGUUGUUGUGCGCCGCCACCCGCUCACCGCCUCCCCGCCGCGUGUGUGUGCGUAUGCGUGCGUGCAGGUGGUGCUGACGUCACGUGACUUCGACUCCUGGUACGACAGCGCCCGCCGCACCAUCUUUGAGAUGUCGCAGGUGGGCAGGCCGCUGCUGGAGCUGCCGCUGCACAUGCGACUGCUGCUGGCCGUGAUCGCGCCGCCACUGGCACAGCUGCGUAAGAUGAUGCUCAUGGUAGAGGAGCUGGUGUGGGGGCCGCGCGGCACCUUCCGCGGCCGCUUCACCGAUAAGGACUUUGUGCGGCAGGUGUUCGCCGAGCACUAUGCCGAGGUGCGGCGCCUGGUGCCACGUCAGCAGCUGCUGGAGUACGACGUACGGCAGGGCUGGGGCCCGCUUUGCGACUUCAUGGGCCGCCCCGUGCCGAUGGCGGCGGCGGGCAAUAAUGGCGGCGGCGCCGCCGGCAAGGCCGGGGCUGCCGUUAAGCCACCGACCGUCAAGAUGCCCGGGUGGAGGGGGCAUCAGGUCAAGGGCACGGCGGAGAAAGCGGAGCGCGAUCAGAUGCUGCCAGACUCGUCGCCUGCCUCCUCUAGUGGCAGUGCUACCGACGCGGGUGCGGGUAUGAGCGCCGGUGAGGCGGCGGCGGCGGCAGUGGCGGCGGCGGAUGCGGCCGUGGCGCCGCUGCCCUUCCCGCACGUGAACGAUACAGCGGAGUUUUGCGAACGCAUGGAGGUGGUGCGGCGGCUGGUGCGGAGCAUCAAGGUGGUGCAGCGUGGGGUGGAGGUGGCAGCGGGCGUGGGUCUGGGCGCGUUGGUGCUGCGCAUUGCGGCGGUGCUGCUGGCAAGGCGUUACCGUCGGUGAACAGCCGUGCAGGAGUAGUAGCCUGGAGUAGUGCUGUGCUGUUGUGCUAAGCCGAGCGGGUCUUCUACUUCUACACGAGGUCAAAGGCAGCAGGUAUUGCGUUAGUGACAUGCACGGGACUCCCCCGGUGAAGCCCAUCUUUUGACGAGACAUCCAAUGGCAUGUUUGGGUGCCAGGAGGGCAACUCGCGCUAGCCUGGGAGAGCCCCACUGUCUUACACACAAGCGUCUUUCCCCGCAUAUCCAUUUGGUCUUGCAAUGUGUGUGGCGUUUUGACGCAACGCUGCAAAAAGUCAAUUUCGGGGCGUCGAUGAUUGGACAUGCCAACAUGCGUGCGUUCCGGCCGAACUCGGCGGAUUCCGUCACGCGCAAGCACAAAAGGACACCCCGCCCUCUAUUGCAGUAGCGUAGGUUUGUUUUCAAACCACCUCGACUCAAUGAAGCGGGACGAAGCUGCUCGAAGCUUGACUGGCGCCCAUUCCGUUCAACGACU